AAGGUUAAACAUCAGAAGGAAGCUAACCGUAUCGCCCAAGAGGCUCGCGAAAGCUCUUGCAGCCCAGUUUGCAUUUAGGACAGGCAGUGCUUGAGAAAGACUGCGCUGUACCUCGUUAUAUAUUUCAUCAGAUUGUUAUAUAUCUUAAGUAUUAGAGUUCGCGGAGAACCGUCGUUGUUUAUGUUAGCUGUUUAGAUUAGAGUUUAGCUUUGGGAUGUUAUAAGAUGGAAAUGGAAAGGAAACGUAUAGCCGCUCGCAAGAAACCUAAUUCUUUACAGUAUCAGUCUUCCGAUUACUCUCGCGAUUUUAAACUUCUAUUUUACAAUAGAUACAGCGUAACUUUUAGCUAACGAAAUUAAGAAAUUCGAAAAAUGCGUGCAAAGUUAUUGUCACGAUUUAUUGAAUUUAAAGAUUCAUUGAAUUUAUUUAUUACAAUUGAAUUUUUAAUUUGCUAAACGUGUUACAAGAUAAAUCAUUAUUUUAAACAAGUUUUAAUGAAAUUUUUUAAUUAUCAGGGUUCAGCCUCAGAGAGAUUUGUGUGUGUGGCGAAAUCAAGUUAUGGGCAAUUGCAAUUGGUAGCAUGUACAGGACACACACUCAUUGAGGGGUAAAUCUGCCACCUGUACCUGUAUCAAAUCUUUUUCAGUAUAUCACACUGUUUCAUCAUGUUCGAUGCCUUUAUCGUUAUCGUGUUUUGCAACUAAAUUAUUGAAAACCCCAAUUAGUCAAAGGCCUGGAACCGCUGUUUUCCGUUUCUGAUUCUGGAACAUUUCCAAGAAUUUUUUAUUUGAACUCGUUUUGAACUCGAGGCACAAAUUUCAAUGGCGGGAUAGUGAUGUUUAUCGUACUUUGUUCGUUGCGUUUUUGAAGCACUAAAUUCUAGAAAUUGGAAAUGGAAGAAAGACUGCUGGCAGCUUUUUCUUCAGAUCUUAAAGUAUCAGACGAGAAGAAUGACACUUCGGCACCACAUCCUCGGCUUGGUCAGUACAAGUCUAAGACAUCUGGUACUGAUGGCCAAGAAUACAGACGUAUACAAAUGAUGGAAAGGCAGAAGAGGAGACGGUUUGAUGCUUUAAACUACUCAAGAAAGCUUGUUGAUGGGAAGCUUACUGCAGAUGAACUUGAUGUUUCAAUGGAUGUUGUUGGAGAAGAGAAGGAAACAGAGAAAAGAUUCAAUCCUUUUAAAAAUCAGCUCAUGUUAUCAGAAUGGCUUGUGGAAGUGCCCCCUGAUUUGGAAGAGGAGUGGCUGAUGACAGUUUGUCCAGUUGGAAAAAGAUGCCUUAUCGUUGCAAAUAGGGGCACUACAUCAGUUUACACGAAGAGUGGAUUCUGCAUUAACAGAUUCCCAUCACUUCUUCCAGGUGGAUCUCGGAAAACAGUUAAACCAGGAGAAUACAGUAUAUUGGAUUGUGUAUAUAAUGAAGGAGAACGGACUUUUUAUGUUAUCGAUUUGACCUGUUGGAAAGGACAUCCAGUGUAUGAUAGCGAGACCGAAUUUCGAUUUUACUGGCUCAAGACGAAGUUUGAAGAUGAGAAAGAACUAUCAACAAGGUCCCGUGUGAAUCCGUAUAUCUUCAAGCCCGCACCGUGCUGCAGUUGCAAAAUCAGCGAUAUUCAGCAGGCUGUUGCCUUCUCUUAUUCCUUCAAGAUCGAUGGACUUCUUUUCUAUCAUAAAAGAACUCAUUAUACACCAGGUCGAACUCCCUUAGUAGGGUGGCUGAAGCCUUCCAUGCUACCAGAUGUGCUUGGUAUCCGGGUUCCAACUUUUAUAACAGACAGUGUGCCUAUAGUCAAUAAACUGUCUUUUAUGAAAUCAACCGCCAGUGCAUUGCCAUUGAGCGAAGCACUCUCUGUCAGUAACGGUAAAACACGGAAUGAUGUCUCUGAUCAGCUGGAUAUGGAGUAGCUAGAUAGGUCUGUUUUCACAUCAGCGGAAGCUGGCUGGCGUGUGCAAGAUUAUGGACCCGAUCGACCAUUUUGUGCUGUAAAGUUUACCAGUGUACAGGUGGUGAUGUUGCUUUUGAAGCUAUCUGAUGUUCUGUAACUUAUAAAAAGUUUCUAUAAAAGGGAUGUAUGCCACCUUGCAAAGAUUUCAAAGAAAGAAGUUUCAAAGGAUUCCCAAAAGGUAUCUCUUGAGACUGUGCGGUACCCUCGAAAUGAAAAGAGACAAAUACGAUACCAAUAUAAAGUAUGCUCAAGCGACUUUUCGUGUUGUUUCAUACAAGAGGAAAUUGGAAGCAAAAAUUGAUUUCCUAUGUUUUCCUAUAUUGCCUAGCGAUAAAAUUUUUGCUGAUUAGUUCAAUCCAUUUGCAAUUCUCUUCUUAUUUUUCUCGCUGACCUUAAGAAAUUCAUGUUGAUACCCAAUACCUGAUUGAUAAUACCUAUGAAAAAUCACUUAUUCUUGCAAUUUUUGCAUAGCUGUCCGAAAGCUAUUUGAAAGCUUUAUUUAAGAAGCUGUCCGCAGGAACCCAAAAUAGGACCGCACCAAAAAAUCAUAAGAUAGUUCAUGUUUCUACGGUCGUGUUUUCCCCAUAAUGAACCUUCAGUAGACAGACAGCGCUGUAUUCUAACAACAUUGUGAAUAUUAUUUAAGUAUCUGUGAUUAUUCAACAUUGUGAACAUUCCGUAAAAUCCGCUCCUUUAAAUAUCAGUUGCCUAACUAAAAACUGUAAGUGAGUUACCUACGGUUCGGGAGAAUACAUUUGAUUUGCUAACCUCGUUUUGGUAACUACCUCGUUUUCUUCGCUGCUGCCUGUCCAGUAUCCCUCAGCUCCCCACGCCUGCAAAAGCAGAUUUUUGGCUCUUCAAUUAUUUUAACAGAAUACCUAGUUGAUACCUGAGCUAAAAGUUUUGUUUACACACAAAAGAUAAUGACGAGACAAAAAAAUUCGUUUGAUGGCCUGCUUUUAAGCAUCAUCCCACUAAGUCAGAUGGAUGAUGCUUAAAAGCAGUCAACAUAAUUCAACAUUAUUAAACAAGAGUCAUUCAUUUCUCAACAGAAACUUUGCUUUUAGCUCCCUUAGUAGCUUUUGUCUAAAUUGCAUUAAUCAAUCCUUUUGAUUAAAAUCGGCUUUGCUUUCAAACUGGCUAACAAGUAUCCCACUAUGCAUAUGAAAUUUAAGUUCGUAGAUUUAGAUUAAGCAGUUGAAUUUCACUUUUUGACGUCAUCAAUUCAAGCUGUGUUGGUACCCGUAGUCUUGCUAGCCAUAUUGUGGUGUAUGUUUAAAUCGUAUACUUUAUAUGCUUUAGAGAUGUUGUGAGACGAAAAUGUAAAGAUAAAAGUUAGUUAAAAAAGAAUUUUACAGUUUUAGUUUCUGACCGCAGGACAUAAAAUUAUGUAGUUAUGUUAAAAUCACAUUGAUUUGUUAAAUUAUUAUAGAAAUGGUAUUUAUCUGUAUUUUUUUAAAAUAAAAGGUUAAAAAUGUCA